AAAUAAAAUGAGAAAAUAAAAACGCACGGUCACCGAUCUCUCUCACUAAAUGAAGAAGAGAAUCUCUCCGACGAGAUCACCGGCGUUAUUCCGAUAACUUCGCCUGAGAGCCGUCGCAUGUUAUAAAUGGGUCUUCCUUUGUUGUCUUGUAGUACCACAAGAGUCACUCUCUCGUCUUCUUCUUCGUCUUGGUGUAGUCGCGGAAGCGGUGGAUUUAGGAGUAGUAAUUGUAGUUCUAAGCUUUUCGAUUCUCCGGCGAGUUCGAGAUCGGAUUUGAAGAAACGUAACGGGAAGAGUAAUUCACGGUUAAACGGACUUUCGUUAGAGAAAUUAAAGUCAGUUAAAGCGUCGUCGUCAUCCGCUGGACAGAGCAGCGGUGAAGUGAUCGACGACGGAGAUGCGGCGGCGCGUGGUUUAGCUGUUACUUCUGGAGAUGUAACGUCGGUGGGAAGUUUCAGUAGCGGCGAAUUUGUUGGAGCCGGUAGUGGCGGUUUAGCUGGACCUUCUGGUGAGGUUACUUCCGUCGGCGAAUUUGUCGGCGGAAGCGGUGGAGAUUUUAAAGCUUGGGAUAAGAUCGAUGCUAUUGUUAGGUUGAGUUAUGGAAUCGGAAUAUAUUGUGGAAUGGCUGUAGCAGGAAGAUUCAUAUGUGAAGUAGCAGGAAUUGAUUACACAGGAGGUUUUAAUGCUUCUUUGGAUACAAUUAUUGCUGGACUUGGUUAUGCUUCUCCACCUAUUAUGGCUCUUCUCUUCAUUCUUGAUGAUGAAGUUGUAAAAUUGUCGCCGCAUGCUCGUGCCAUUAGAGAUGUUGAAGAUGACGAGCUUAGAGGCUUCUUUCAUGGAAUGUCAGCUUGGCAGUUUAUCUUAGUAGUUGCGGCAAGUUCAGUUGGAGAAGAGCUCUUCUAUCGCGCUGCGUUUCAGGGUGCACUAGCUGAUAUAUUCCUAAGGGGAACAGAUCUCAUCUCGGAUUCUCGAGGAAUGGUCGCUUUGACUGGACUCUUGCCACCAUUUGUACCAUUUGCUCAAGUUUUUGCAGCCACUAUUACAGCCGCUCUCACUGGUUCUCUCUAUUACGUCGCUGCUUCCCCUAAAGAUCCAACUUAUAUAAUGGCACCUGUCUUGAAAACUCGCUCUGCCCGUGAUGAGCUGAAGAAGUUGUUUGCAGCGUGGUACGAGCGAAGACAGAUGAAGAAAAUCUACUCUCCUCUUCUCGAAGGGCUUUUGGGUCUAUACCUCGGCUUUGAAUGGAUUCAGACAAACAAUCUUCUUGCUCCUAUCAUCACACAUGGUAUAUACUCUGCCGUUGUAUUGGGGAAUGGUCUCUGGAAACUACACCAUCAUCAGCAAAGACUCCGGCUACGCGUUCAGAAACUUGAAACUGAAGGUGACGACAACUCAAGAUAGAUAAAUAACUGAAUAAACAUUAUCCUUUGUUUUAAAUUUUGUAAAGUGUCUUAUGUAUUGAGCCACCAUUGACUUGUACAAAUAGAUAGAAGCAAAGUAAAUGUAUAGAACCAUUAAGUUAAUGAGAGAGUAGCUAUGUGAAGCUUUUAUUUUAUGAUC